GGGCCUCUUUGGUAACGGAAACAGUAGAGGAGGAGACUUUAAAUAUGGAGAACUCGGGUUCUGGGCCCGGGGAGCCUUCUGCAUUAGAAGCUCCAGGGUCUCCGGACGAUCGGUUGUUCCUGAUUAAAGGUGGAAUUUUCCUUGGUUCUGCAGCCGCAGCGGGAAUGCUAGCUGGAUUUGUUACAACAUUAUCAUUAGCUAAAAAGAAAAGCCCCGAAUGGUUCAAUAAGGGCACUAUGGCCACGGCUGCCUUACCAGAGAGCGGGUCUUCCCUGGCCCUGCGAGCCCUGGGCUGGGGUUCUCUGUGUGCCUGGUGUGGAGUCGGGGUGAUCAGCUUCGCAGUGUGGAAGGCCUUAGGAGUUCACAGCAUGAAGGACUUUCGAAGUAAGAUGCAAUCCAUAUUUCCACCAAUUCCCAAGAACCCCCAGUCAGACGAGGAGUGGGAGGAAGCCCUGAAGUGGAAAUGACACGGGCACGGGCGACCCCGGAGCAAUGGCUGCGGGAAUGGCAGCUUUGGAAGCGCCACGUCUGAGAAAGGGCUGGGGUGACGCCUCUUUGGGAACGCUUGCCGAUGCCCGGCGAACCCACAGGCCGCAGCAUCGCCGUGGCUGUCGCUGGGGCACACGGAGGGAAUGCUUUCCUAAAGCUAAGACAACAGUUUAAUUACAUAGAAGUUCCCCUCAGGAAGGGUCCGGGAGGAAAUGUUUCUGUUUAGAACAAUAAACCAUGUUGCAUAGUCACAAAAAUAAAACAAAAGUGGGAUAGAAAUCUUUGUAAGGGCUGGAGAGAUCUCCGUGGCUAAGAGCGCACACUGCUCUCAAAGAGGACCCCAGGUCGUUUCCCAGCCCCGCCUGGUGGGCGCCUCACAGCCACCCGCGCCCUCCACUCCAGCGACUCCGGGGGAUCUGAAGUCUUGUCUGGAUUCUGUGUGCCCUCACGUGUGUCUACAGCCACAAAAGUAUACACAAAAACUAAAAAUCUGGUUUCUUU